AUGAGCAAUUCCAUUACUUCCUCACAUCACUGGGUUCUUGCACGAGAACGAAUGCAAAACGAGUAUACUCAUCUCGAGAACAAGCUUGUGGCAGCUAAAAAAACGAAAGAGUUGUGGUUGGGUCUAAAAAUUGCUUUGGAUGUGGUUGGUUCCAAUAAUCCCUUGUUGGAUGAUUUCAUCAAGUUUAAUACCAUUUCACAGUUCCGCCAAAUGAUUGCCCUUGAGUAUGAUUUAACAGUCAAGCAAAGGGUUCUAAAUUCGACGUUAUUACUUCUCAACGAAGCAAACAAGGGCGCCAAAGCUCAAAGAACUGAAAGACUAAGACUGGGAAACACAGAGAAGCCAACCAAAUGUAUUUGUUUUCAUUCUUUGACUGGAAGUGUUUGUAAGGACAAACGAAUCUAUGUGAAUGCAGAUCCGUCCGUUCAAAUUGUUGAAAAAAAGGUAAACAACAAUGAAACUGUAAAGGCCCUAAACGAUGAUUACAUUCCAAAGACAUGCAAAGAAUACCACUCCAAUUUCAACGUCGGAGAGAGAAAAGAUGGUAUUUACCUUGUGAAGCCUUCUCGUGAAGUUGAAGCACUUCCCGUUUAUUGUGACAUGAAGGGAGGAGGCUGGAUGUUUAUAAAUGGACUGGGGACCUUAUUCGAUCCUGCAUCCUCCUCGUAUCCACUAUCUGAUAGCAUUCUAAAUUCCAGAGUCUUUAAACAAUUGCACGAAAUAAGUUCAGAAUUUAAGUCAACCGUUGGUGAUUACUGCUCAACGAACAGCUAUUCCACGACAAACGAUCCUCAGAGAGAUGUGGUAAUGCAAUUCUUGUGCAAAACACCUUCAAUUCAAGACAACAAGAAAACUCUUUUUUCCUUUCUCAAGUACUGGAUGAAAUAA